AGUUGAUUGUAUAAACCCAACCCUCCACUUGGCCACAGCUGCCUUUAACUCUGCUUCUCCUUCAGAUUUCCGUUCAUUCGCUUUAAGCACUGCAUGAGCACAAACAGUCACCAGGGUACAGCAAGAAACGAGCGGAGACACGUGCGAACACGGAGCAGUGACUGGAGUUAUCCGAGGCGGACUCCUGCGUCUACAGUUGAAUCUGUGACUUUAAACUAAAAAGAGAGGAGGACGCCGACCGACCUGAGUGCAGCCGGACAGGUUGAGGUGGAUGAGAUUGUGGCAGCCCUUCCCUGUGGUCAGCGUGUUUUUGUAAGUUUCAUCAAACAAUCCUGCUUUGGCUCCAGCUCUUCUUACUGAAAGGACAAACCCUGCAGGGCUGAGGAUGCGUAUCACCUCCUGUCUCCUUUUGGCCUCCCUGCUCUUCCUCCUGCUCCCAUGCAUCCAGAUGAAAAGGCCGGGGAAGGGAAGAAGCCUCAGAGGAGCGCGCCAUAAACUCAGAAGGGAGAGGGUCAGAGGUGCUGGGCGGCACAGCAGAUCAGGCCCCUCCAGGCUUGUGUCACCUGACUGCUCAGAGUCGACAGAAUCUGGAGACAACUUUGUGGACUGUCAGGAGCGAAAACUCACCUCCAUUCCCAUCCCCCAAACCUGGUCCAAAGAACCCAAGCACCUCCUUCUAGCACGCAACCGCAUCAAAGUCCUUCUUGAUGGGACCUUCGUUGGAUAUGAGCGUUUAGCCACUCUGGACCUGCAGCAGAACCAGAUCUCUUUAGUUGAGGACGGGGCCUUCCAGGGCCUGACCCUUCUUACAACCCUGCUGCUGCAGCAUAACCGGCUGGUAACACUUGGCGAGGAGGCCCUCAUCCCCAUGCCAAACCUUCGUUACCUGCGUUUAUAUGAUAAUCCCUGGAAUUGUCUCUGUCCAAUGGAGAGUCUCAUACGCACCCUUCAGGUCCCCAGCAACCGUUAUUUAGGAAAUCAUGCCAGGUGUGCAGAGCCCAUCAGGAUAAAAGGCAAGAAGCUGAAGCAGGUUGACCCCGAGUUACUUUGUAAGGAGUCAGACUCAGCAGACAACCCACAAGGCGACCAGACGGAUAACACAGUCCCAGUAGAGCCCAUUCCAUUUCGCAGCAAAGCACACGUCACCACAGUUUGCCAUACCUACAUUUUCCCUAAAAUACGAAUGGACUGCAGCAAACGAGGUCUCACCGAGGUGCCUACAGGAAUUCCAGAGGACACUGUUCAUAUUGAUCUGUCCAAUAAUGCAAUCCGUCAUCUCAGAGCCAGAGAUUUCAAAACCGCAAGGAGCCUCAUAUCCCUGAACCUCAGUCACAACAACAUGGAGCACAUAGACACGGCUUCCCUGUCUGGGCUUCUGCAGCUCCGUGAGCUGGACUUGUCUCACAACGGCCUCCAUUUUGUCCAGUACGGGGUUCUCGAAGACCUUUACUUCCUGUCACAGCUACAACUGGGAGGGAACCCUUGGGUGUGUGACUACAGUAUUCACUACAUGAUGUACUGGCUGCGUCUGCACCCAGGGGUGAGGCACUCUGGCCUGAUCUGUCGCUCCCCUCCUGAACACACUGGGGAAAGUGUGGCAGAAUAUGUGAAGUCUUACAACAGAGAAUGUCCAAGGGACAGACAGCAGAGCAGAACAGAUCAAGACCAAACGGACCCUGAGCUUUGGAACACGCCGCAGGAAGCGCAAGGAGAGCUGGAUGAGGAGCUGGAGCCCAGCCACUUGAGAGUGCCACAGAAAUACACAAUCAUCAGAUUGUCCUAACUCCAGUGAGAAUUUGACCCGAAAUCUGAUUUUUGUUUUCAUGUAUUUCAUUUCCUUUCAAUAAUAUAAAAACAGUCUGUAUCAGAUGGAGAAACAACAUUUUUCAAUGCUGCUUUUAUGUUUUGUCCAUAUGGUGUAAUCAAAAUAUAAGAUGUGUCAAUUCA